AUGAACCGAGGUGGACUGGACAUUUCACUGUCCUCGCGUAUCUCGUCGCUACACUGCAGGAGCUAUCCACGCCUUGCAUCACUCCAGAACGCACCUGGGCACACGCACGGUCCACUCCCGUAUUUAACCGUCUCUAACUGUCUCAAACAUAAUAUUACCACUUCGAUCGGAAAACAGGUAAAGAAGUAUUUAUUUUUUAGAUAAAUAUGCCCUGUAAUUGAUGUACUAUAUAUCUCGAUUUUUAAAAAUGAUUUCUAUGCCCGUCAAAUGGCGUGCAUAUUUCAGGUACAUUUGGAUGCUGAUAACCCAACUUUGACAGCAAGCUGAAGAAACAAACAUUUUAGACUUUUGUUGUUGAAACGUGAUUGAUGUCCUUGAAAACAUCCGAACAAAGCAAAAUAACUGCCAUUGUUUAUUAAUAUAGACUUUAAAUUCAAAAUGAAUGGCAACAUUUCCGUGCGCAUUACGCGUAAUUUCAAACAAGGAGCCUUUUCCUUUUGUCUUUUUAUUUUUAAAUGUUUUUUAAAGAUUGUAUUGUAGAGUCAUAUCUGUCAGCUAUAUUAUAUUUAUUGAGGGGCACUAUUCCUUUGCGUAAAGUCAGGCUUAAAUGUGAUGCGGGUUUGGUUUCCGUGGAGCCCUUAUCGAAUUACUUAGCAAGUUGUUACUUGUUGUUUGGCUAUAUUGUUGCUAACCCAUCGUCACUCACCUUACAGGUGGUGGUAAAAAGAUGAAAAGCGGCAUGUUGCUGGUGGCUCUGUUCCUCGCCAUGAAACUCCACUCAAGCCAGUCCAGCUGCGAGGAACCUGCGGCUGGGGUUGGGGCACACAGAUCAACCGAGUCAGAGGUAUGGAAGUUUCUCAGCCAAACGUAUCAAUUUAAAUCUCAGAUUAGCGCGUACAUUUUUUGUUUUUCCUUCAGACAAUAAAUAAUAUUUGUGAAUUCAAAUUACUGAUAAAAUACACUAUAGCCAAUGGGUUGUAUCAAAGCCGGACUGUGGAAGAGAACAUUGUUUCAUAUGCCAUUAAAACAUUAAAUGAGUUGGACGGAAUUAAUUCCUUAAUAUUUCACCAGACGUUGCCCACUGGGAACAAACGUCAGUUCAACGUCUAGUUAUGAUUUACAUUUGGUUGAGUUGUCAACUAACGUGAUUUCAACGUGAAAUCAACAAAAAUGUUCACCAUGUCAUUGGAUUUAAGUUAAAAGUUGGUUGAAAAAAUGACGAAAUGCUCAUUCAUUGAUGACUUUUUGAAAAUACAAUUCGUUUUCCAACUGAUUCAACCUCAUCACAUUGAUCUUUGGGGGGUUGGAAUGACAGUGGGUGCUUACAGGUUUUUUCAAUCACUUUGGUGCAAUUUUCACAAGUACAGUAUGUGUUACAUUUUCACAACUCUAAGCACAAAAAUCUAAACAGAUCAUCAAUGGUUGGUGUUUCAAAACUCCAAGUACAUUUUCAAUUGACUGAGUACAACAAACAAAUUCACAAAGUGACUUGUCACUCUUUCAAUUUGGAUACUUAUUCAAUCUAAGUAUCUGCUUUUCAAAAUGCAAUAUCCACUAACGUAAUUUGUUAACUACUAAAACAAAUGUAGGUAGUGCCAGGUAGUGCCAGUGUACAGUUGAAGUCGGAAGUUUACAUACACUUAGGUUGGAGUCAUUAAACCUCGUUUUUCAACCACUCCACAAAUUUCUUGUUAACAAACUAUAGUUUUGGCAAGUCGGUUAGGACAUCUACUUUGUGCAUGACACAAGUAAUUUUUCCAACAAUUGUUUACAGAUUAUUUCACUUAUAAUUCACUGUAUCACAAUUCCAGUGGGUCAGAAGUUUACAUACACUAAGUUGACUGUGCCUUUAAACAGCUUGGAAAAUACUAGAAAAUAAUGUCAUGGCUUUAGAAGCUUCUGAUAGGCUAAUUGACAUCAUUUGAGUCAAUUGGAGGUGUACCUGUGGAUGUAUUUCAAGGCCUACUUUCAAACUCAGUGCCUCUUUGCUUGACAUUUUUACAUUUUACAUUUUAGUAAUUUAGCAGACACUCUUAUCCAGAGCGACUUACAGUUAGUGAGUGCAUACAUUUUUUUUUUUCAUACUGGGAAAAUAAAAGAAAUCAGCCAAGACCUCAGAAAAAUAAUUGUAGACCUCCACAAGUCUGGUUCAUCCUUGGGAGCAAUUUCCAAACGCCUGAAGGUACCAUGUUCAUCUGUACAAAUAAUAGUACGCAAGUAUAAACACCAUGGGACCAUGCAGCUGUCAUACAGCUCAGGAAGGAGAUGCGUUCUGUCUCCUAGAGAUGAACGUACUUUGGUGCGAAAAGUGCAAAUCAAUUCAAGAACAACAGCAAAGGACCUUGUGAAGAUGCUGGAGGAAACAGGUACAAAAGUAUCUAUAUCCACAGUAAAACGAGUCCUAUAUCGACAUAACCUGAAAGGCUGCUCAGCAAGGAAGAAGCCACUGAUCCAAAACCACCAUAAAAAAGAAAGACUACGGUUUGCAACUGCACAUGGGGACAAAGAUCGUACUUUUUGGAGAAAUGUCCUCUGGUCUGAUGAAACAAAAAUAGAACUGUUUGGCCAUAAUGACCAUCGUUAUGUUUGUGGUGCUUUGGGGUGCUUUGCUGCAGGAGGGACUGGUGCACUUCACAAAAUAGAUGGCAUCAUGAGGAAGGAAAAUUAUGUGGAUAUAUUGAAGCAACAUCUCAAGACAACAGUCAGGAAGUUAAAGCUUGGUCGCAAAUGGGUCCUCCAAAUGGACAAUGACCCCAAGCAUACUUCCAAAGUUGUGGCAAAAUGGCUUAAGGACAACAAAGUCAAGAUAUUGGAGCGGCCAUCACAAAGCCCUGACCUCAAUCCUAUAGAACAUUUGUGGAAGGCUACCUGAAACGUUUGACCCAAGUUAAAUAAUUUAAAGGCAAUGCUACCAAAUACUAAUUGAGUGUAUGUAAACUUCUGACCCACUGGGAAUGUGAUGAAAUAAAUAAAAGCUGAAAUAAAUCAUUCUCUCUACUAUUAUUCUGACAUUUCACAUUCUUAAAAUAUAGUUGUGAUCCUAACUGACCUAAGACAGUGAAUUUUUACUAGGAUUAAAUGUCAGGAAUUUAAAUGUAUUUGGCUAAAGUGUAUGUUAACUUCCGACUUCAACUGUAUAUAGUUUGAUUACUGCUGAACACUGUACAUUUCUAUAUAUUUACCUCAUAAAUGUAUCAAUUUGACAUCAAUUUAUGUUGGAAGGUAAAACCAAAUCAUAUAUGGAUGUGGCUGUAAAUACUACAUCAUCAUUCUUCCAGUGUGCUUCAAUAGGUCAAAGUAGAAAGAGUCACUAUGUGCUACCAUUUGGAAUUAUAGUGUAGUGUACAAUGCACUGCUGAAAUACCUAUAUACAGUGAAGGAAAAAAGUAUUUGAUCCCUUGCUGAUUUUGUACGUUUGCCCACUGACAAAGACAUGAUUAGUCUAUCAUUUUAAUGGUAGGUUUAUUUGAACAGUGAGAGACAGAAUAACAACAAAAAAAUCCAGAAAAACGCAUGUCAAAAAUGUUAUAAAUUGAUUUGCAUUUUAAUGAGGGAAAUAAGUAUUUGACCCCUCUGCAAAACAUGACUUAGUACUUGGUGGCAAAACCCUUGUUGGCAAUCACAGAGGUCAGACGUUUCUUGUAGUUGGCCACCAGGUUUGCACACAUCUCAGGAGGAAUUUUGUUCCACUCCUCUUUGCAGAUCUUCUCCAAGUCAUUAAGGUUUCGAGGCUGACGUUUGGCAACUCAAACCAUCAGCUCCCUCCACAGAUUUUCUAUGGGAUUAAGGUUUGGAGACUGGCUAGGCCACUCCAGGACCUUAAUGUGCUUCUUCUUGAGCCACUCCUUUGUUGCCUUGGCCGUGUGUUUUGGGUCAUUGUCAUGCUGGAAUACCCAUCCACAACCCAUUUUCAAUGCCCUGGCUGAGGGAAGGAGGUUCUCACCCAAGAUUUGACGGUACAUGGCCCCGUCCAUCGUCCCUUUGAAUGCAGUGAAGUUGUCCUGUCCCCUUAGCAGAAAAACACCCCCAAAGCAUAAUGUUUCCACCUCCAUGUUUCACGGUGGGGAUGGUGUUCUUGGGGUCAUAGGCAGCAUUCCUCCUCCUCCAAAACGGCGAAUUGAGUUGAUGCCAAAGAGCUCCAUUUUGGUCUCAUCUGACCACAACACUUUCACCCAGUUCUCCUCUGAAUCAUUCAGAUGUUCAUUGGCAAACUUCAGACGGCCCUGUAUAUGUACUUUCUUGAGCAGGGGGACCUUGCAGGGCGCUGCAGGAUUUCAGUCCUUCACGGCGUAGUGUGUUACCAAUUGUUUUCUUGGUGACUAUGGUCCCAGCUGCCUUGAGAUCAUUGACAAGAUCCUCCCGUGUAGUUCUGGGCUGAUUCCUCACCGUUCUCAUGAUCAUUGCAACUCCACAAGGUGAGAUCUUGCAUGGAGCCCCAGGCCGAGGAAGAUUGACAGUGCUUUUGUGUUUCUUCCAUUUGCGAAUAAUCGCACCAACUGCCAAAUAAAUAAAUAAUAAUAAUGUACAGUGAGGGAAAAAAGUAUUUGAUCCCCUGCUGAUUUUGUACGUUUGCCCACUGACAAAGACAUGAUCAGUCUAUAAUUUUAAUGGUAGGUUUAUUUGAACAGUGAGAGACAGAAUAACAACAACAAAAAUCCAGAAAAACGCAUGUCAAAAAUGUUAUAAAUUGAUUUGCAUUUUAAUGAGGGAAAUCAGUAUUUGACCCCUCUGCAAAACAUGACUUAGUACUUGGUGGCAAAACCCUUGUUGGCAAUCACAGAGGUCAGACGUUUCUUGUAGUUGGCCACCAGGUUUGCACACAUCUCAGGAGGGAUUCUGUUCCACUCCUCUUUCCAGAUCUUCUCCAAGUCAUUAAGGUUUCGAGGCUGACGUUUGGCAACUCGAACCAUCAGCUCCCUCCACAGAUUUUCUAUGGGAUUAAGGUCCGGAGACUGGCUAGGCCACUCCAGGACCUUAAUGUGCUUCUUCUUGAGCCACUCCUUUGUUGCCUUGGCCGUGUGUUUUGGGUCAUUGUCAUGCUGGAAUACCCAUCCACGACCCAUUUUCAAUGCCCUGGCAGAGGAAAGGAGGUUCUCACCCAAGAUUUGACGGUACAUGGCCCCGUCCAUCGUCCCUUUGAUGCAGUGAAGUUGUCCUGUCCCCUUAGCAGAAAAACACGCCCAAAGCAUAAUGUUUCCACCUCCAUGUUUGACGGUGGGGAUGGUGUUCUUGGGGUCAUAGGCAGCAUUCGUCCUCCUCCAAACACGGCGAGUUGAGCUGAUGCCAAAGAGCUCGAUUUUGGUCUCAUUUGACCACAACACUUUCACCCAGUUCUCCUCUGAAUCAUUCAGAUGUUCAUUUGCAAACUUCAGAUGGCCCUGUAUAUGUACUUUCUUGAGCAGGGGGACCUUGCGGGCGCUGCAGGAUUUCAGUCCUUCACGGCGUAGUGUGUUACCAAUUGUUUUCUUGGUGACUAUUGUCCCAGCUGCCUUGAGAUCAUUGACAAGAUCCUCCCGUGUAGUUCUGGGCUGAUUCCUCACCAUUCUCAUGAUCAUUGCAACUCCACGAGGUGAGAUCUUGCAUGGAGCCCCAGGUCGAGGGAGAUUGACAGUUCUUUUGUGUUUCUUCCAUUUGCGAAUAAUCACACCAACUGUUGUCACCUCCUCACCAAGCUGCUUGGCGAUGGUCUUGUAGCCCAUUCCAACCUUGUGUAGGUCUACAAUCUUAUCCCUGACAUCCUUGGAGAGCUCUUUGGUCUUGGCCAUGGUGGAGAGUUUGGAAUCUGAUUGAUUGAUUGCUUCUGUGGACAGGUGUCUUUUAUACAGGUAACAAGCUGAGAUUAGGAGCACUCCCUUUAAGAGUGUGCUCCUAAUCUCAACUCGUUACCUGUAUAAAAGACACCUGGGAGCCAGACAUCUUUCGGAUUGAGAGGGGGUCAAAUAGUUAUUUCCCUCAUUAAAAUGCAAAUCAAUUUAUAACAUUUUUGACAUGCGUUUUUCUGUAUUUUUUUGUUGUUAUUCUGUCUCUCACUGUUCAAAUAAACCUACCAUUAAAAUUAUAGACUGAUCAUUUCUUUGUCAGUGGGCAAACGUACAAAAUCAGCAGGGGAUCAAAUACUUUUUUCCCUCACUGUGUAUAUACAGUGGGGGAAAAAAGUAUUUAGUCAGCCACCAAUUGUGCAAGUUCUCCCACUUAAAAAGAUGAGAGAGGCCUGUAAUUUUCAUCAUAGGUACACGUCAACUAUGACAGACAAAUUGAGAAGAAAAAAAUCCAGAAAAUCACAUUGUAGGAUUUUUAAUGAAUUUAUUUGCAGAUUAUGGUGGAAAAUAAGUAUUUGGUCACCUACAAACAAGCAAGAUUUCUGGCUCUCACAGACCUGUAACUUCUUCUUUAAGAGGCUCCUCUGUCCUCCACUCGUUACCUGUAUUAAUGGCACCUGUUUGAACUUGUUAUCAGUAUAAAAGACACCUGUCCACAACCUCAAACAGUCACACUCCAAACUCCACUAUGGCCAAGACCAAAGAGCUGUCAAAGGACACCAGAAACAAAAUUGUAGACCUGCACCAGGCUGGGAAGACUGAAUCUGCAAUAGGUAAGCAGCUUGGUUUGAAGAAAUCAACUGUGGGAGCAAUUAUUAGGAAAUGGAAGACAUACAAGACCACUGAUAUUCUCCCUCGAUCUGGGGCUCCACGCAAGAUCUCACCCCGUGGGGUCAAAAUGAUCACAAGAACGGUGAGCAAAAAUCCCAGAACCACACGGGGGGACCUAGUGAAUGACCUGCAGAGAGCUGGGACCAAAGUAACAAAGCCUACCAUCAGUAACACACUACGCCGCCAGGGACUCAAAUCCUGCAGUGCCAGACGUGUGCCCCUGCUUAAGCCAGUACAUGUCCAGGCCCGUCUGAAGUUUGCUAGAGUGCAUUUGGAUGAUCCAGAAGAGGAUUGGGAGAAUGUCAUAUGGUCAGAUGAAACCAAAAUAUAACUUUUUGGUAAAAACUCAACUCGUCGUGUUUGGAGGACAAAGAAUGCUGAGUUGCAUCCAAAGAACACCAUACCUACUGUGAAGCAUGGGGGUGGAAACAUCAUGCUUUGGGGCUGUUUUUCUGCAAAGGGACCAGGACGACUGAUCCGUGUAAAGGAAAGAAUGAAUGGGGCCAUGUAUCGUGAGAUUUUGAGUGAAAACCUCCUUCCAUCACCAAGGGCAUUGAAGAUGAAACAUGGCUGGGUCUUUCAGCAUGACAAUGAUCCCAAACACACCACCCGGGCAACGAAGGAGUGGCUUCGUAUGAAGCAUUUCAAGGUCCUGGAGUGGCCUAGCCAGUCUCCAGAUCUCAACCCCAUAGAAAAUCUUUGGAGGGAGUUGAAAGUCCGUGUUGCCCAGCGACAGCCCCAAAACAUCACUGCUCUAGAGGAGAUCUGCAUGGAGGAAUGGGCCAAAAUACCAGCAACAGUGUGUGAAAACCUUGUGAAGACUUACAGAAAACGUUUGACCUGUUUCAUUGCCAACAAAGGGUAUAUAACAAAGUAUUGAGAAACUUUUGUUAUUGACCAAAUACUUAUUUUCCACCAUAAUUUGCAAAUAAAUUCAUUAAAAAUCCUACAAUGUGAUUUUCUGGAGAAAAAAAAAAUCAUUUUGUCUGUCAUAGUUGACGUGUACCUAUGAUGAAAAUUACAGGCCUCUCUCAUCUUUUUAAGUGGGAGAACGUGCACAAUUGGUGGCUGACUAAAUACUUUUUUCCCCCACUGUAUAUAUAUAUAUAAAAAUUCCACUCAUUAUCUGAAUUUCAUCGAUACACUGUAAGCAGAGAGACAGGCGAUACUGUAUCAGUUGACAAGCCACGUAAAAAAAAAGGUGAUCUUGUACAAUGUUGCAUGGGGCAGAAAUGACAUACAACACCGUGCUACAAUUUUACAGUAGCCAAUUGCUUUACUGUUGGCAAUACCCCUAUUUCUGGCGAUUUGUCCUACGUACAGUGGGGAAAAAAAGUAUUUAGUCAGCCACCAAUUGUGCAAGUUAUCCCACUUAAAAAGAUGAGAGAGGCCUGUAAUUUUCAUCAUAGGUACACGUCAACUAUGACAGACAAAUUGAGAAAAAAAAAUCCAGAAAAUCACAUUGUAGGAUUUUUAAUGAAUUUAUUUGCAAAUUAUGGUGGAAAAUAAGUAUUUGGUCACCUACAAACAAGCAAGAUUUCUGGCUCUCACAGACCUGUAACUUCUUCUUUAAGAGGCUCCUCUGUCCUCCACUUCUUACCUGUAUUAAUGGCACCUGUUUGAACUUGUUAUCAGUAUAAAAGACACCUGUUCACAACCUCAAACAGUCACACUCCAAACUCCACUAUGGCGAAGACCAAAGAGCUGUCAAAGGACACCAGAAACAAAAUUGUAGACCUGCACCAGGCUGGGAAGACUGAAUCUGCAAUAGGUAAGCAGCUUGGUUUGAAGAAAUCAACUGUGGGAGCAAUUAUUAGGAAAUGGAAGACAUACAAGACCACUGAUAAUCUCCCUCGAUCUGGGGCUCCACGCAAGAUCUCACCCCGUGGGGUCAAAAUGAUCACAAGAACGGUGAGCAAAAAUCCCAGAACCACACGGGGGGACCUAGUGAAUGACCUGCAGAGAGCUGGGACCAAAGUAACAAAGCCUACCAUCAGUAACACACUACGCCGCCAGGGCCUCAAAUCCUGCAGUGCAAGACGUGUCCCCCUGCUUAAGCCAGUACAUGUCCAGGCCCGUCUGAAGUUUGCUAGAGUGCAUUUGGAUGAUCCAGAAGAGGAUUGGGAGAAUGUCAUAUGAAACCAAAAUAGAACUUUUUGGUAAAAACUCAACUCGUCGUGUUUGGAGGACAAAGAAUGCUGAGUUGCAUCCAAAGAACACCAUACCUACUGUGAAGCAUGGGGGUGGAAACAUCAUGCUUUGGGGCUGUUUUUCUGCAAAGGGACCAGGACGACUGAUCCGUGUAAAGGAAAGAAUGAAUGGGGCCAUGUAUCGUGAGAUUUUGAGUGAAAACCUCCUUCCGUCAGCAAGGGCAUUGAAAAUGAAACGUGGCUGGUUCUUUCAGCAUGUCAAUGAUCCCAAACACACCGCCCGGGCAACGAAGGAGUGGCUUCGUACGAAGCAUUUCAAGGUCCUGAAGUGGCCUAGCCAGUCUCCAGAUCUCAACCCCAUAGAAAAUCUUUCGAGGGAGUUGAAAGUCUGUGUUGCCCAGCAACAGCCCCAAAACAUCACUGCUCUAGAGGAGAUCUGCAUGGAGGAAUGGGCCAAAAUACCAGCAACAGUGUGUGACAACCUUGUGAAGACUUACAGAAAACGUUUGACCUGUGUCAUUGCCAACAAAGGGUAUAUAACAAACUAUUGAGAAACUUUUGUUCUUGACCAAAUACUUCUUUUCCACCAUAAUUUGCAAAUAAAUUCAUAAAAAAUCCUACAAUGUGAUUUUCUGGAUUUUUUUUCCUCAUUUUGUCUGUCCUAGUUGACUUGUACCCAUGAUGAAAAUUACAGGCCUCUCUCAUCUUUUUAAGUGGGAGAACUUGCACAAUUGGUGGCUGACUAAAUACUUUUUUUCCCCACUGUAUGUACUUUAUAACGAUAAUGAAACUGUAAGAUUUACAUAUUUCUCAACAUGCUCACAACCUGCCAUUGGAUACAAAUUAUACUGUAUGGGAAAUUAUAUUUACCAUCUGCUAUUCUUUCUAUUGAGCACUUCAAAAUAAACAUUUGUUUUGCUAUUGGAUUAAAUGGUAGUUAAAUUUACUAAAUGGUGAGCCUAUUAUUAUCUGAUAUAUUGGUGACCAAAUGAAAGGUUCUCAUGGUAUUUCACAGAAAACGUUUUUGCAUGGAUGACUCAGGGGUGAAAUAUGUGUGAAACCCCAAUGAAUGCACAAUCAAAGGUACUGAACAUAAAAUAGGGGGCAUUACAAGUGUUAUCUAGUUUAGAGUUUUGUACUUGGGAGUUGAUAAAGUAUACCACUUACAUCAAAAAAAAAUGUGCCAAAUUGAUUGGGGGGAAAAAAAUAUAUAUAAUCAUGUGUCAUCAUUACAGGAGAGCCCAGGUUUGGGAAACCUCCAGCGAACCAUUCUGAAGAGAUAUAACGACCUGGAUUAUGACAGCUUCGUCGGGCUGAUGGGGAGAAGGAGUGCUUGUAAGCGUCAGCUCUGUCUACUCCACAUCCUAGAUCAAUCAAACAAAGUUAUUUAUAAAUACCUUUUUACAUCAGCAGACAACAGUUGUCACCAAGUGCUUGUCCUGGCCUAAAGAGAUGAUGUUGUGUUGAGUCAAGCAAUAGUCUUUGAUGAUGGAUAGAAGGGUUUAUACCAAUGAUACAUUGGGUUGUACUGAUAUGGUAUUGUCACUGAGACUUCUCUGUUUUGACAAGAUUGACAAUGUGUUCUACAGUAGUCUUUAUUUAUUUCAAAACAUGUUCAAUGCUGAUGCAGGUGUUCACUGCUGGUAAAUGACAUUCUUCACAGGACUAAUUAACUUUUUAUUGGAGAUCUAUUGGGAUUGAUUAUUUUUUGACAAUUGACUUGUUUUUCCCCAGAUAUAAAUGGUCUACCACCAUCUCCCCAUAAAAGUUAGUAAUAACCAUUGAUUUACUGUUUCUUUCACAUAUCAAUAGAAAUGUUAUUAGCUUUAAUAUAAAAUUAUGAGAAAUGUCAUAUAAUAAUAAUUCAUUUAAUUUGUAAAGCACAUUUUUUUUUAAUAUACUGUGAACACCUGCAUUUGAUAAUGACCUAAGCCUUUUUUGUAACAGGGGAGAUGGAUGAUGUCUUUGUUGGGCUUAUGGGGAGAAGAAACUCAGAACUUGGUGAGUGUGGGUGUAUGGGCAUAUGUUACUCCCCUCAGAAUGGAGAUCUGAGAGCAGUAGGAUAGUAAUAGAAAUACGUGGAAAAAAUGAAGCACAUGAGAACAUUUCAAUUUAAUCAAGUGACUCAAUUUUAAUAAUCAAUCAAAUGUUGAAUAAAUUAAUAUUCAUAUAUUAUAUAUAUAUAUAUAUAUUGUUACUUUUACCCCUUUUCGUGAUAUCCAAUUGGUAGUUACAGUCUUGUCCCAUCGCUGCAACUCCCGUACGGACUCGGGAAAGGCAAUGGUCGAGAGCCAUGCGUCCUCCGAAACACGACCCUGCCAAGCUGCACUGCUUCUUGACACACUGCUCGCUUAACCUGGAAGCCAGCCGCACCAAUGUGUCGGAGGAAACACCGUACACCUGGCGACCGAAGUCAGCUUGCAGGUGCCAGGCCCGCCACAAGGAGUCGCUAGAGCACGAUGGGACAAGGACAUCUCGGCCGGCCAAACCCUCCCCUAACCCGGAUGACGCUGGUCCACCCUUAUUAAACUCUCCAGAUCAUUUUCCAUUAAUGGAUGUCGAUUUUACUUGUUUUGACUGCUAUGAUUAAGGAAUAAGGCCGGAGGAGGUGUGGUAUAUGGCGAAUAUACCACAAAGAACAACCCUUAGCCGUGGUUUAUUGGUAAUUUACCACAAACCCAUGAGGUGUGCCUUAUUGCUAUUAUAAACUGGUUAGCAACGUAAUUAGAACAGUAAAAAGUACGUUUUUGUCAUUCCCUUGGUAUACCAUGUCUUUCAACCAAUCAGCAUUCAGCGCUCAAACCACCCUGUUUAUAAUUGUAAAUAAACCCAGUUUGCGCAUGUGCAUAACUAUAGAUAAAUCCGACAGGAUUUUGACUACAAACCAUUAUAAAUCGCCUAUUUGCGAGAUUGACUUGUUAUUUCAAUAGGCAUAGGCCACUGACUAAAAUCUGGGUUUAUAACUUCAAUUCAACUUUGCCAUGGUUUGCUGAGCUAGAUGCAGGUAGCAUAUAGCCCCUGAUAGGCCUACAUGCCAACAUCUCAUUUCAGGGAAAAGUCCACAAUGUGGAGAAUUAUACAUUUGCAAUCUAGCUCGUUAAUAUGUUUUAUGGAAAAGGGGUGUCUCCAUAAUGACCUACAACUGGUCAAAAGUUGUCACGAUGUGCGUGCUAAUCUGUCUCCGUGACUCAGUGAAAUAUACAUUUAUAUGUAUCUUUUUUUUUAAAGAGAGAUGCCAUGGCGGCCGUGGUGCAGUUUAAAGUAGGCCAAAAACCCGCCACUCAAUAGAUUUUCACCCGCGACAUCAUUUUCAAAGUAGCCCAAUUUUGCUGGAAAACUGCGAACAUGUCAACACUGAAGCCAGCUCAGAACUCCAUUGAUUCCUAGGCCAACACCAAAGUUAGAGCGCCCUCUUGUGUCCUGACUGUAAUUGCAUCUACUGCUGCAUAAUAAAUACCUGACUGCAUAGGAAUGGAUAGACUUAGUCCAGCAAAAUAAAAAAGGUAUCCCCUGUACUUUUAGUUCUAACUCAAGGAUUUUCAACCCGCUACACUCUCCCCCUCUUUAAAGUGGCCCUUGCCAUUACUCAGUAAGUCUGUAACUGAACGGGUAUGUCUGGUGUUCUGUAUAGGUUUCGGUACUGGUAUUGAUAUUGGUCACACCACUAACAUUGGUAAGUAGACAUACAUAUUGGUAGAGUGGGUGGUAGAGUUUGCUAUAAGGCAUGGAUGUUAGGUCUCCACACCUGGUAUGUCGGCUGUCCAAGUGUGUCAUAGGUUAGCAUCCCUUCCUCUACGCAUUGCUGAUCUGAAUCCAUGAGGUCAUUCAUACAUGAGGAACCAUUGUCUGGAUUGGGCCCAACUUCAGUUUCGGGAGUGUCAUCUCUCCUGUCAACAUGAUCCUCUCUCCCUUCAGGAUUGUCCCAAUCCUCAUUGUUUGGUUCUUCUAGGAUCUCUGAUUCCUGCUUCAUGUUCUCAUCCUAACUUCUGUAUCCUGAAUACAGGGAUGAAACACAUAGGCCUGUUCUCUCCGUGAUUUUGUCUGAGGUCUUGGGUGUUCUGCGCUUGCAACUGGGUUAACUCCUGGAGACCAAAGUCUUCCUCAUUAGAGUCUGCUGAAGUUUCAUCCCCAUCUCCUCCAUGUUCCGUGUUUGAUGUUCUUUUUCUAGCAUGCUGUUUCCUCUCUUCCAAGGUGUCAUGUUCCACGCAGGUAAGUAAUUCACUAACAUCAGCACGUUGCGAUGGAGCACUCUGAUGCCUUUAGCACCAUUCUUCCUUUCCACCUUGUAGACUGGUCCUUCCCCAAUCUUCUCUACCACCCUGUGUAUGGCACCCUCCCAGUAGGCCUUGCCUGGUCAACUUGCCUGGUCCUCCUCUCUCUGAAAUAUUCUUCACCAAGACUCGGUCUCCAGUUUGGAGGGCCACUGCCUUUGCACCGUGUCCGUAGUGUCUUUUGCCUUUAGCCGAGGACUUUUUACUGUUUUCAGAUGCAACUCUGUAAGCUUCCUGCAUUUUGGUGGCCUAGUUCUGAGCGUAGACUGGGUGUGACACCUGUUCGUCACUCUGAUUGAGGCCAAACAACUGGUCAAUGGGCAGGCGGGGUGGCUGGCCAAAGAGAAGGAAGUGUGGUGAGAAGCCUGUUGCUUCGUGACGAGUGUAGUUGUAUGAAUGUUCAAUAUGAGGCAAGUGGUCUUUCCAUUGUUAUUUAUUUUCAUCAGGAAGGGUGCGAAGCAUCUGUAGCAGCGUAUAAUUAAUCUGUUCCACUGGGUUUUCCUGAGGAUGAUAUGGCGCUGGGCGGGAGUGGCCGACCCCUGCCAGCUCCUGAAGGCUUCCAAAGAGUUUGUUUUCAAAUUCCCAGCCUUGAUUAUGGUGGAGCCUCUGAGGAUAUCCAAAGAUGGGUAUGAACUCAUGAAAGAUGUUCUCUGCUGCAUUCUUUGCAGGCUUGUUGGGGGUGGUGUAGGCCUGUGUAAACCUAGUGAAAUGAUCAACUAAUACUAAGAUGUAUUCAAAAUCCCCCUACUGUUCUAAGUGCAAAAAGUCCACUGAGACCAACUCAAAGGGAGCACUUGAUGUGAGCCCAUUGGUGCUUUCUGCGGCACAUUUGGUAUUUUCUGCUUGAUGUAACUACAUUUCUUUGAGACAUAGUCCUCAACUUCUUGUUGCAUAAAUGGCCAGUAAAACUGCUCUCUCACCAGGUGAGUGACCUUAUCUGCACCCACAUGCCCCAUGUCAUUAUGAAGGUGUUUCAACACAGUGGCCUGCUUCCUGUCACCACCAACCUUUCUGGAAAGGAUUCCAUUCUCAGUCUGCAGUUUUGUCCACUCAUGCAGCAAGCGUUUGGCUCUCACACACAGUUGCCUUUUCUCGGUGUCUGUUGGUUAUUGCCCCUUUAACUUGAAGGUCAUCACUUCCUUGAUGCCCUGAUCAUUCUCUUGGGCAGCUUGGAUGUCCUCAACAGUUAACGGUAUCACGUCUUCCCUGACAUUAGUGUUGUCAGGAACUGGAAGACUGAUUGACAGUGCAGCUGCCCAUAUAGCCUCUUUUUCUUUGACGGCUUUGCUUCCCUGCCAGAUGGCAGUAAUGACAUCUUGAGUCAUGUUGCGUUCACCCUGUUGGAGGUCAAGUGGGUUUCUGGAUAGCGUGUCUGCGUCAAUAGACUUUCCCUGAGCGGUACUUCAUGUCAAAAUUGAAGUUUGCUAGUUUACCCACCCAUCUGUGCCCUACAGCGUUAAACCUGGCAGUACUCAUCACAUAUAUCAGGGGAUUGUUAUCUGUGUAUAUUGUAGGAGAUGGGAAGUAGUAGUAGAGAUAAUCACAGAACAUGUCACAGUCAAUUUUAGAGCCAGGAAUUCAAGCUUUCUGGAGUGUAGGUGAUAGUCAUUUUCAGCUGGAGACAAGGUCAUCGACCCAUAACCUAUCACUCGUAGCUUUCCCUGCUGCCUCUGGUAGAGUACUGCACCAAGACCCUCAUUGGAGGCGUCUGUAUGUAGGGAGAAUGGUUGGUCAAAAUUUGGGUAUGCCAGAACUGGGGUUUGGGUAACUGCAUCCACUAACCUGUCUACAAUGGCCUGGUGGGCUGCUGUCCAUUCUACUGGCAUCUUUGAUGGCAAAUUGACCUGAAUAUUUUUGUUUUCGGCUUUCCUUUGGAUUUCAAUGUUCUUUUGGACAUUUUGCUUUCCACUGUAUUUUUCACAGUCGGUCUGGAGAAGUUCAUACAACGGUUUUGCGAGUCUCGAGAAAUCUUCAAUGAAGGACCUCUUUAUCUAGUUGUUUUGCACUGCUUGGUUCCUGAAACAGCUCACUACUGUAUUUACCUUUCAUGUGUGAUUUGAGAAUUGUUUUCAAUUCAGCAACUGUAAGCCCCUCAUAGUUAACUAACAUCUCUUUGAAUGUGCCCGAUUUGAUAACCUCGAGGACAGCUCUAACUACCUACGAUUCAGAAAUGUUUGCUCUGGUUCCCUCAUCAAUUUGCUUACAAAUGCUACUGUAACUAAUAUCAGCACCUGAAUCGGUUAUUUGACCACCAAAUACCUUAAAUUCGCGUUGUGGCAGAAGGGCUGCCACGUCUGACACUCUCAACAGACUACUAGGAGGCAUGUGUAAGGUCCCUGGAUUGCUGGUGUCAGGAACGGCGACGUCCUCAGGAACCUGCACAUGGCUGUUGUACGUUGGUGUGUCUGAGAGUUUGUUGUCUGUUGACUCCCGAUGUCCUUGUUGGUUGUCCUUCGAUGGAGUCCGGUUCUUCUCUCUGGCUGUUGUGUAGUCGUCGGUGUCCCCCAGCAGUUGGGUGACAAGAUCCUGCAGAAAGAGCAGCUGACCGACGCCCUCAUCUUCCAGCUCACUCAGCUGUUUACUGUUCAUGUAACUCACAAUGUUGUCAUACAUUUCUGCUUCAUUAGCCCCUGUGACAGUAUGAGCCUCUAGAAGCGUUUCCUCACUCAGGACAGCUGCCAGUUUGUAUAACUGUGUUUCGUUGAGCUGGAUCAACCGUUUUUGAAUGUCCCACACUAGCUUUUUACACGUGUUAACUUGAGCCAUUCUGCCUGCCAUCUAUUGACUUCUCUGUGUCUACGUCGAACACUUCUGUCUGAAGCUCUGCAGCUUGCUCUAGUCUCCACAUGUUUGUCGCCGUGGUUCUUUCACGAUCCACAACUCUGGUCAGUGUUGUAGAUCCCGGACAAGCCCCCAAAAUGUUACUCCCCUCAGAAUAGAGAUCUGAGAGCAGUAGGAUAGUAAUCUGAAAUGCGGUGGAAAAAAGGAAGCACUUGAGAAUGUUUCAACUUUAUCAAGUGACCUCAUUUUAAUAAUCAAAUUUUGAAUAAAUGAAUAUUCAUUUAUCAUCAAGUUUACAUAAAAAGGAAAUUCAUCUCAGAUUGAAUUUCACUAAAUAUCAAAAAUAUGAUUGACAUUACCAAAUGAAACAAAACACCAUUCAGUAUUUCAAUCUCCUCCAUGAACAGACUAACAUUCAGUCUCCCAGUCUUGUAUAGCAAUCGGCGCCAUUUUAUGAUGACCACAUCAGCAAGAGACAACAGAGUAUUACUGUAAUAACAGCCCAACUACUUUUCCGCAUCGCCCUUGAACCACGAGAUGACAUUACUCUCCUGUUGUACAAAUAUACUGUCCAAUACAUUCACUAUAAUAUACAUUACAAAAUAGUUACUUGGAUAUGAACACGCAUUCCCCGGUGCACAGGGUGGCACCCUUUGAAGCUAGCUAGCAACCGCCCCUCUCGAUAUCUAGCUAGCAACCGCUCCUCUCGAUAUCUAGCUAGCAACCGCCCCUCUCGAUAUCUAGCUAGCAACCGCCCCUCUCGAUAUCUAGCUAGCAACCGCCCCUCUCGAUAUCUAGCCAGCCAGCCUAGCUCAUGAGCUUGUUAGCUACAUAGAAUUGUCUUUAAAAAUAUAACCCUGUGACCGAUAAACAGACUUAAAUAGAUAUAGUCCAUCAAAAUAAAAAGGUAUCCCCUGAAUCCCCUUUACUUUUAGUUCUAACUCAAGGAUUUUCAAUCCGCUACACAUCCAUGGGAAUAUAGUCUAUAUAAUGGUAUUCUGCAACUCAGCUUGUGUGGCUCAGUUGAUAAGAGUGUGGUGCUAGUAACACCAAGGCCAUGGGUUCAAUUCCUAAAGGGAUCAUACUGUAUUUUAAGUCGCUUUGGAUAAAAGCUUCUGCUAAGUGGCAUACAUGAUCAUAUUAAUGAAUCUACUGUAUCUAUACCUCCAUAGUAAGCCAAUGUGCAAUGGAGAAAAUGUACUGCAUCUUUUCAGCUAAGCCACUCAGUGUGGGUUCUCUCUUACAGGUAACAUGCGUCCUUUGAGGAAGGAGGCGUACCCGGAGACAAGAAAAGGCGGUCUAUUCCUUAACAAGUGCAGACUG